AUGCCAUCCCUUGUGCUCAAGACCAACGUGAAGGUCGACGACGUCAAGUCGUUCUCACUCGAGUUCUCUAAGACCGGAGCUCAGAUUCUCGGAAAGCCUGAAAACUACAUCUCCGUCGCCUACGACUACAAUGAGUUCCUCACCUUCCAGGGCACGUUUGACCCAGCCUUCCUGCUCGUGGUCAGUACCUUGGGUAACCUGAGUCCGGAGAAGAACGAGAAGUAUAGCAAGGAAUUCUUCGACUUUUUCAAGGAGAAGCUCGGCAUCUCGGGUGAUCGAGGAUAUAUUACGUUCUACGACCCUGGGAACUCGAACUUCGGUCAUCAGGGAACGACGUUCGGUACGAUCUUCGGCACGCCCUAA